AUGGGACAAGCCACUUUUAACCCCGAAAAAGCCGAGUUGAACAAGCAGGAUCGAAAGCUCCAGAACCGGAGAAACCAAAGAGCGCGUCGACAACGAUUAAAGGGCAAAGAUGCCGAGGUCGGCCAGGACAUACUCCCCUUUGAAGUUAGACGUUGGCGGCUGGACGAGAUUGACAGCUCCUCCCAAGACACAAAUGUUGACAUGACUAUGUGCAAAUCCCGUCCUCCGCAUUUGACAGUUCCCGCAACUGCCGAGGAAGCCACGCUUUUCCCAACAUCACAGACCACAGCACAUCUGGACCAAGUUGUCACGACGGGUUCCACCCCCCAGCCAAUUGACUUUGCCUUCCCUCUCCCUUCAGACCAUCUCCUUCACCUCAUCCAAUACAACGUUUUCCGUGCCUUUAUCUCCAUCAAGCGCAUUCUGAAUACUGUGUCGCCUGACCCAAUGACCUGCCCCGUAUUCGGUCCUUGUCUAGACGACACAAUGCGCCGCCCUCCCAAUCCCAACAUCCCUCCCUCCCUUGCCCCUACCACGCUGCAACUGACCCGAUACCACUUCCCUUGGAUAAACAGUUUUCCAUUCCCAGGCGUCCGCGAUAAUCUUAUCCGGCGUGAAGGCCGUUUUGACAAUUGGGAACUGUGGCAAGACCUCGUCGGCAACUUGAUGAGCCCCACAAGAGCCGCAUGGCAGCGAGAGACACCUGAUGGAACCUGUGCCCAUGUUCUUGGACUUGAACAGACGCAGGUUCGUUUAUCAGGGAGUUAUGUGGACACGGAUGAGGUUACGACCGGGCGCAAUGGUCUGAUCAUUUGGGGCGAGCCACAUGACAUGCAGAGCUGGGAGGCUACACCUGGCUUUCUUGCCAAGUGGUCAUGGGCUGUCGAAGGCUGUGAUGGCCUCGUGGAAAGUAGUAAUCGCUGGAGGAUGAGACGAGGAGAGGACCCUAUGGGGGUAGCGAUAUAG